AUGAGCCGGUAUACAGACAUUCCAUCGCAUGACCCCCGCCGUCAGCCACACCGCUUCCACAUUCCCGGCCCGAAAUGGAAGACGGAGGACACCGAGCCAUGGUUCACUACCAUCCCUUUCCCGUUUCAUCUACAAUGUGCCCAGUGUGCGGUGUCUAGUUGGACGCCUCGCCAGUCCGGCGCGUUUCACUUCACACGUCUAUUGAGCGUGGAAGAAGGAAAACAGCAUUGCAGAUUACCGCGAGCUGCGGAGGCCUUCGCUGCCUUCGAUUCGCCUUGUUUGCCCAGCAAUGGGAUGCGCGGGGCACUUGUCUUUGUCCCAUCCCUAACGCUCGGUUCAACCUCAGAUCCCGGCUGCAGAGCGCAUCUGCAGUUGCAAGGAGUUCGCAGCCGCCUUGCUCCACUCAAAUCUUGUGUUCCCCAGGUUCUCAGCUUGCCGUAA